UGCACCAGUUUGAUUUACCAAAGGAGGGCUGGGUCAGGAGCCAGUCAUGUCUUGUCUGCCUGGGAUUAGAUGAGUCUCAUUCUAGCUAAAAGCUGCAAUGAUUAUCUAGGUGUUGGCUUGCAGGGGGGGGAGCAGUGGAACAGCUGCAGCCAGACCCCUUUUGUGACGCAUGGAUUUGGAGCAUGGAGACUAGUCGCAUUACCCCAAUUUAGUCAAUUUCCCGGACUAAAGAAGAGGAUAAGUGACUUUGGGUUGGGAGAUAAUGUCCUACCUCAAGCCUACUGGGCAAGAACUCGAGCGUUUUGAUGGACUGUCUCUCAUUUACUGGAAGAGACAAUUCUGGUGAUUGGCUGUAGGAUGGGGGAAGAAUACAACUAUCACCGACACAAUCACCGGACACUAAUGGGACCAUAUGGAAUGGAUCGUACUGUGCAUUGUAUUGAUUUCUAUGACUGCGCAAAUGGGCUGGGUAUUAAGGUAAUUGGUGGCAUAAAGGAGCUCACAGGAGAAGAAUAUGGAGUUUAUGUAAAGAGGAUCCUACCAGGGGGUGUUGCUUAUGUUGAUGGACGCCUGCUACCAGGGGACCAGAUCCUGGAGGUCAAUGGCGAGUCUCUGAUUGGGGUUACCAGUGAGAGAGCUGUGGAUAUUCUCAGAACAGCCUCCGCCACCAGCCAUAUGCGCCUUCUCAUAGCCCGAGAUGACGAUGCCAGGAGAGAAUUCUCUGAGCUGCUGGAAAAGUUUGGACCUCAGAGCAACACAGGAUCAUCCCAGAGUUCUCCAAUUCUCCAUGGUGGCAGUAGGUAUUUGGAAAGUACAUCCUCAGGGUCUUCAUCACGAUCCCAGAGUCCUCUACUUCUGAGCCCUGCAAAUUCACAUGGGCCGUUCAUCGGAAACUCGACACAUUCCCCACACUCCAGCUCACACGUCUCCACUGAAUCAGCAAUUCAGAACAUUUCCAUAGCAAAAUCCUCUGGCUUGGGGUUGACAAUCAGUGGUGGAUCUAAUAAGCCAGAUGGUCCCAUGGUGUAUGUUCAAGAGCUUAUGCCGGAGGGUGACUGUUACAGGGAUGGGCGGCUCCGUCCAGGUGAUCAGCUAGUGGCUAUCAAUAAAGACUCUUUGGUGGGCAGCACAUAUGAGGAGGCCAGAAAAAUAAUUGCAAAAGCCAAAUUCAGACAUGAGGGAAACACAGAAGUGGCCUUUAUUCCUGGAAGGGGAUGGUUACAUCCUGGACUCUCGACUCCCAACAGCAUCCACUCAUCACCUCCAAAAGCAAUGGGGAAUGGUCUGGGCUCUUGCAGAUUGAAGGUCCAUGUGAGGUCCCCUGAGAACAGACAUGAAACCUCCUUUCCUGUGCCUUCUCCAUCACCAGAUAUCUGCCCACCAGAACUCACUGUAUCUGCACCUACUUCAUCUUCUAGUCAGAGGGCAGCUCCAGGGAACAAACCAAAAGUAGCGCUGGAUCCCCAUAUUCGUCUCAAAGAUGGAAAACUUGAACUAGUUUUGCAGUAUCUGGGUCUGAAUGUGACUGAGGAGAAGAAGAGGCAAUUACGGCAGAGUCUGACCACAGAUUCUCAAGGAACGCUGGCCUAUGGAGAUCUUCUCCAAGCACUCAGGGAUCUGCUGCAGGACGAGCUAGAGGAGGCUGGCCUAGAUUCCACUUCUGUGCUCUUCACUCAACAUGAAGUGGCCAAUUUACUGGAUACAUCUGCUUUUCACUCUCUGACUUUUGACUCUGUCAACUCUAAUGACAAUGAGGAACUGGAACAGUUGCAACCGGAAAUGACAGAUCUACGGCAAGAAGUGCGAAGGCUGAAGUCUCUCCUGAAGGAGGUGGAGAACAGCAAGAAGUCAAUGGAGGAAGAACUUCAGAGACUGAACCAGAAGGCUCUGGGCUUCCUCUCUGAGAAUCGGACCCUGCACAGCAAGCUACAGAUGGCUGAGGUGGUGCAGCGACAGGCUCGCAGUGCAGAGCAGGACUACGAGGAAGUGAUCCACCUGCUGGAGACAGAAAUCACUGAGCUGAAAGCUAAGCUGGCAGGGAAGAAAGCAAAGCAUGUCUCUGAAGCAGAGGGAGACAUUCUGGAGCUGAAAAAAAGAUUAUCCCUGGCUGAUGGUCAGUUACGGAAAUCUGAAGUCACACGGAAGCGCCUGGAAAUCUGCAACAGAAAGUUGUUCUUGUUUGUGCAGAAUGUACACAAGGUUCUGAGCAAAUCCAGCCAUUUACCAGAUGAGAAAAGAGACAACAGUGAGACUGUGGAGGAUAAAACGGAAGUAGUGUCGGACACAUCUCUUCCACCUUCAGAUCUGAUUGACUUAUUGAUAUUGGAGGCUAAAGAGUUAUUGGAGCCCAUCCUAUCGAACACAAAGGAAGCUUUGCCAUAUAACCAGGAUGAGUGCCUGACCAGUGGGAGACCCCCAGACUACAAGGACCACCUUCAUCAGAAAACCACGUGGCCCCCUCCUUCAAGCCAGAGCAGGAAUCCCGAACCACGGCUCCCAAGUCCAACCAAGCAGCCGCCAGAGAAACCAGCAUAAAUCUCCUGAGAGACUCACCCCUACUCAAAACCAUGUGUAUUCAUAAUCCAGAUGCUCUGCUGGGAGAUGGAAAGGACACAGAACAGAUGGUCCAGCCUCUGGGCAGAGCAGAUAUCCAUGAGCUGUCUUAUAAGAGACUGAUUCUCUUGACUAGCCACCCACAACUUCAGCAGCAAACCUGCCCGCAUGGCUACCUCUGAAUGAUUGUACAAAGCCGUUCUUUCUUGGUUUUGCAGCUUUAUAGAUAACAGAGAAGACAUUGCCAGGAGGAUAUGAAUGGUGGGAUUCUACCAGCAGCCUUUUACAGCAGUGUCCUAUAUCAUAAGAGGAACACGGAUCUACCACUGAGGGGCACGUAGGGCCUGCAAAAAUUCCUUUUGGUAUUUCAGAUGAAAAGCCAAAGUAAGAUUAGUGGACUAUAGCAAAACCAAUUGACUUUGUAGUGCCCUAGAGGUCUGGGGAUACAGCUCCUUUUCUGUUGUAAUGCUUAUCCCAGCUGCAGUGCUUGAAGUGAAAGAAGCAGCUCAGCUAGUCAUGUGGAAAAGGCCCAGAUAUUGGCAAAUGGUAUCAAUAACUCCAUACCAAAUGCUGUGCAGAGCACAGAGGGGACACCCUGGAUAUGUUUCAGUAAAGACUCGUGGUAGCACUUGGACAGUAAGCAAAAAUCGCUUGAGAUUUGAUGACAUUAGUAAAGAACAUGGUAGAAAUCUGAUAUGACAUACAGUCUGGCAAAUAAAGCAAAAACACUGCUUACAGGGUGUUUGAUCCCUGA